AACGUUAAAAUUGACUUAUCUUUCCCAGAUACCACAGAUUUCUGAAAAUAAGAUGAAGUAAUUUCAUGAUCGUUUCUGAUAAACUUACUUUCCUGAUAUAUGUAUUUAUUGAUCUGGAUGCUUCUACUCUCAGGGAAAGUGAAAAAGUCUCCUUUGCUGGCUAGGGUGAAGAGGUAUUCCUUAAUCAGUUGAAACUGAUCCACAAGCAGGAUCAAGAGUUCAAAUAAUGUUAAUGCUUAGAUGUAUUUGCAUUUUGCUUAAAGUUUCUCUCUGUUAUCAUUUAGGACUUUCAUGCUCUGAAGGACACAUGCGUGCAUGGAUCAGCAUAUAUUAUCUCAAUUCACUCGGCUAUAAUGCAACACAAGUUUACGUGAACGCUUUAGAUAGUUCAUGCUCAUCUCGAAUUAUAGGAGGUUAUAUUUACUUUGCUAUACCAUUCAGUGGUUGUAACACAGAGAGAAGGGUGAAAAAUAAUGACACUAUAAUUUAUUACAAUGUAAUCAAGACUUACAACUCUGAUUAUAUCAUUACAAGAAAGAAAAACUUUCAAUUUCAUGUUUUGUGUGAAAUGAAGCAGAGCACUGUUGUAGAGACAAAAUUUAUUGCUCGAAAUGCAAUUGACCUUACUCAAAAGCAAACUGGCCAUUACAAUGUGUGUCUGGCAUUCUACUCAUCAGGAUCAUUUGCCCAUAAAAUUACACAAUCAACAUACUAUGUUUCACUCAACCAGAAUUUAUAUCUUCAAGCUACUCUUCACAGUAGUGAUGCAAACCUUGUACUAUUUCUAGACACAUGUAUCACAUCUCCAGAUAGUAAUGAUUUUACAACCUUGUCCUAUGACUUAAUCAGAAGUGGAUGUGCACGAGAUUCUUCUUAUAGAAACCUGCACUCACCAAGGAACAACGUAGUUCGUUUCCGAUUCAACUCCUUUAAGUUCCUUAACAGGCACAAUACAGUUUAUAUGCAAUGUAAAUUUGUAGUGUGUAGGGCAAAUGAUCGUUCAUCCCGAUGCUACCAGGGAUGUUUAAUUAGAAAAAGGAGAGAUACAGAUGAACUUCAGGAGAACGUAAAUGUUAUUGUGGGACCACUCAAGCUUCAGAAAGAUGUGAAUGGAGUUCAAAAAUAGUGUGAUAUUUCCAUUUGACUAUGUUUUCUGGUUAUAAUUAUGAAAGCUAGACAGAUACCAAUAAAAAUAAUCAUACCCAUGUAUCUCUAUGGGGAAGAUAUCUCAAAUCCAUGGCUGAAUAUUAUCUUAAUUACAACCAACUAAAACACAAUGAAAUAAUAACACAACUUUUUAAGUUGCUCAGAGUUCUUCAUCAGGCAAUAUUAGGGGAUGGGGAAGAAGAAGGUUAGUCUUAACAGCAUUUUACAUAGGUAUUUUCUUUAUUUUUAUGGCUUUUUCCUAAGCAGUAAACUAAAACUAAUAAAUGGCCAUGCAAUCUACUGACACCAGCCUAUCAUGAUAAACAGGCUGUUUAAUUUAGUCAAGUACUUUAUGCAAAAA